GACACGCAAGUUAUCUCGCUUUACAGUGGUUUGGCAUGAAAUGAGAUCAAUGUGAUUUGACACAGGUGAAUGCAGGAUUGUAUUUCAGGUGAAUUAGGUUAGUUACGACUGUCCAUUAUAUAAACUGCCAAGUUUACCCGUGUCAGUAUUCGCCUAUAUAAGUACGAAGCUGCAUAAUCUGAAGAGCUUAUUUCCGGUAGUGACGUAGCCUACAGUUUUGUUUUGUUAUGUUUUUACAAAGUUGACUCACGGGUGAUUGAUACAACACGCGGGGCAAGUUGUUUGGAAAUGAUAUAAGUUAAAAAACAGAGUAAAGGCGAAAUGGGAACUCGGGGAGGUGAGCUGAAGAUCAUAAAUGUGGAUGUUUACGACGUACAGAAACGGAGAAAACCUAGUAAACAUUAUGUGUAUAUCAUCAAAGUGACCUGGUCAAAUAAGAAAGUCAAAGUAAUUUACAGACGAUAUAGCAGAUUUUUUGAUUUUCAACAUUCCUUGCUGGAGAAAUUUCCUGUAGAAUCAGGACAGCUAGAUCCCAAUCAGCGAGUAAUUCCAUUUCUUCCAGGAAAAAUAUAUUUUGGCCGCAGUCAAGUGCGGGAUGUAGCAGUGAAGAGACUCAGUCAUAUUGAUGAUUACUGCAAGGCCCUGAUUAAUCUAGACGAGAGGAUAUCGCAGUGUGAAGAGGUGCGGGACUUCUUUAGUGUGGAAGAAGACGACAUCAACCCACCCUCAGACAAUGAGAGGAAAAAGAAGGCCACCUUUGACACAGCCAGUAAGAUAUCAGAGCCCAGACUUGGGGAGCAGUACAGAGCCAUUGCUGACUACACGAAGGAGGACAAGUGGGACCUUAACCUUAAGGCUGGGACAGAGGUCGAGGUCAUUGAGAAAACUGAGAGUGGCUGGUGGUUUGUCCAUGUUCAGGAUCAGCAAGGAUGGGUGCCCAGUACCUACCUCAAACGGGCCGACGGUGGCAAAGAGGAGCUCGGGGAGAGGGCAAGGCCGGGGGAAGAGGAGCAGUAUAUCUGCACUGAGGAUUACUUCCCCUCCAACCCGGACGAGGUCUCUCUAGACAGAGGAACAGUGGUGGAGGUCAUUCAGAAAAACCUGGAUGGCUGGUGGUGGGUCAGGCAAAAUGGAAAAGAAGGAUGGGCACCUGCCACGUACAUGAUGAAGGCAGAGAAAGCCCACAUGGAGCGGGUUGCCCGGGCCUCUGGUGUACAGAUAGUGGGCAAGCUGGAGGACAUCAGCGACCUGAUGCAGGACGAGGACGGAGAUGAUUCCUGGGACGAUGAGCCAGACCCCCCACCCCGACCCAUCAGAAAUUACCUGUCCCAAAAAUCACGGUCCCUGGAGAGGGGAGGGUCCCUUCGACCACCCCCUAGACAGAACUCUAUUAAAAAUAUAAAAGUGGACAUUAAACCUCCCAAGGUGACCAAGUCUCAGUAUGUAACUAUCGCUGAUUUCACAGACACUGUGGGGGAUGGCAUCAGCUUCUCUAGAGGCGAAAGUGUGGAGGUUAAAGAGAAGACGGCUGAUGGAUGGUGGUUUGUUAGUAUUGGGGGUAAGGAAGGAUGGGCCCCCUCCACCUUCAUAGAGAGCAAGGAAAUGGAUGCUAUACCAGAGGAUAAUCAUGUAUCUAAUGUAAGCAAUGAUGCCUAUUCAGAAGUGGCAAUAGAAAGUAGCGAUGACGAAGAUUAUGAACAUCCUGAAGCCACUCCCGCCCAUACAAAUGCAUACGAGGAGGUCGAUUAUGAGGUCCCAGUGAAAAGUCCAGGGGAGGGAGAAAAACCCAGAUUUUCUAUCUCUGAACUGCAGAAUAAACUCAAACCAGGAUUUGUCAAUGAUAGACCAUCCUCUGCUCCACCAAAACAAGUAGAUAGGAGAUUGAUGAAGAACCAGAAUGCUGCCAUUAAGCGACCCACUUCUAAACCACCACCUCCACCGGUUGCCAUGGCGACCAGUAAUGAUAGCAAAACAGGCCCACCACCCAUUGAUCGAUCUUCACUUGCAGCUGCAUUGAAAACUAGGAAUGGUUCCAAACCAUCAGAGGAGGUCUCAAAGCCUGGGCUUGAGGCUCAGUCGUCCAAUUCCAGUUCUGACUCAGACAAGAAGCCCAUUCUUCCUCCAAAGCUAGCAGUUGUACCCAGCAGUGCUGGAAGAAAAUCCCCAAGUCCAUUGACAAAACAAGUGCCAAGGGAGAGAAUACACAGUGAUGGAGGGAAUAAUUUAGCUGAACUUCUGAAGGCAAAGUUUGAAUCUCGAAAGACAAUGGUAGAUGAAAGUGGUAAUACAGAGGAUGCAAAUUUUAACACUUACCCUAAAAAGUCAGGUGUACAAAUUUCCCAGCUGCCAAUUUCACAAACAAAAUCAAAUCCAGAAUUUACAGAUAAAUCUUUGACAGGAAAGCCAGCUGUACUGCCCAAAGGUGAUAGACUAAGGAAUCAUCUUAAACCACCCAAUAAGAAUGAAGGGGCCCAGAAAAGAUUCAGUAUGCAGGAAGAAAGCUCAGAGUUGACUAAUGCUUUACAAGCUAGGUUAAGGAGACAAUCAAAUGUAGAAGUGACUACAUCACAACACUAUAGUGCCGUGGAAAAACCAAAGAAAUCAUUUCCAACGAAGCCUUUGAUUCCAGAAAAGACUGUUAGUGAGGAUAAAAAGCCAAUGGUUCCUCCUAAGAUAAUGGUGAAAAAGACUGAAGGAAAAGAGAAUUCUGUGGCAGCAGUGCCAAAGUCAAGGUUUGAACCAGGAUCAAAGGGAGGUUGGAAGAAAGAAUCCACUAAACCGAAAUCAAAACCACCAGUUCUGGCUAAACCUAAAAAACCAACCUUACCUAAAGAAGAAACAAAAACUGUGGUUCCUGGGGAGAAUAAUAAUGAGCCUCCAGUUAAAUCUGGUUUUGCAAAAGAAUUGGCUUCAAAACUUUCUUCCAACAUUGGUGGGAAACAAGACACAAAUGCUGAAGUUAAACCUCCAAUUCCUAAAAAAUCACCAAUUGUUCAAAAAGUUUAUAGUUCAAAGGUUGAAAACAAUGUGAAAGAAGUGACAUCUAUGAAAUCUUCUGUUCAAGCUUACAAAUCCAUGGCAAAAUAUGAAGCAGAAGGAAAUGGAGAAAUCUCAUUUGAAGAAGGAGUUAUACUGGAAGUGUUGGAUAAAACAGACGGAUGGUGGUUAGUGAGGGUGGGAACCAGUGAAGGCUGGGCACCAGUAACAUACAUUGCACCCUGUGGGGUGGGAGACAGACCACCCUCUCCUGUGUGUGACUCUGGAUUUACCUCCCCUGAAGAGGGAAGCAACUCUGUGACGUCUGUGAAAUAUAGAACUUGUGCGGAGUUUGUACCCGAGAGCGAGACAGAGCUUGGCUUUAAAGAGGGCUUGGUGGUGGAAGUGCUGGACGCAUCUGAAGAUGACUGGUGGUAUGCAAGGGUUGAUGGGAAGGAAGGAUGGGUACCUGCUGAGUAUCUGGAGGAGGUGUGAAAGGAAGAUGUAUGCUCUUGAACAUCUAUAACCAUUCCUUCAGUAUCAUUCAUGUGCAAUAUAAAUUGCUGCAGUAUUUAAGUAAUACUGUGUUCAAAUUUUGAGACUGUUAUAAAUAAUCUUCCAUUGGAUUGGAUCUAAUCAAGUUUAUAUCAUAUGUAACAUUUACUGUGUGUGUGGGAGUAAAAAAGAGCUGAUUUUAUUCAUUGUAGUAUUUAUGAGAGAGAGAGAGAGAGAGAGAGAGAGAGAGAGAGAGAGAUGGUGCUAAUAUUAAUGCCUUUUUUAUGACCAUUGACUUGACUUCAUAUAUAAAAUCUAUGCUAAAUGUACAGUAAUUACAUUAAUUACAAUUUAAUUGAUGACUGUUUGACUGUGGUACAAACCUUAGUGCUGAAUGCAUGUAUUUAAAUGUUGUUUACCUCAAGUCAGAGACAGAAUAUCCACGUUUUUGAUAAGUAUUUUCUUUACUAUAUAUAUAAUGUCACAUGCAUUUAUAUUGGAAGAUAAGAAAUGGCUUAUACUCAAACUCGCCAGCUAUGUCUAUGCAUAUUGUAUGAAAUAUUUUCUACAAAUUUGACUGUAAAUGAUUGCAUGACAUAUUUGUUAAUCUAUGCAUGACUAUACAUAUCAUUGUUUGCUCAUUGUGAUAUAGAUUGUAUAUAUUAUUAUUAAGUAUAUGCUGGAAUCUUUUGAUAAAUGGAUGAGAAUAUGAAGAAAUUUUGAAUCAAAUGUCUCUUUAUGAGUUAAAGGUUGUGAGGUCACUUUUCAUCGUGAUCAAGUAUUGUACUGUUACGUGUGAAAAUGAACCUUGAAAAAGCUGCCACUAUUUUGACUGAUUUACAUGUUUGUGUAUAAGAUGCGACUUUUUAUGAAUGAUGUUUUAUUUAUAAUGCUUACACAGAUCAUAGAUAAUGAUUAAUUUAACCGUUGUAAUGCUAAUGAGUACUGCAUACAGGGUUAUUUUUGCCCCAUGUCAUUUUCGCCCUGUUACAACUGCAAACGGUUUAACCUUGUCUUGAAUUCUCCACAUGCAGUAAUGUUAACAAAGAUAUUUGUUUGCAAUAUAGAAUUUGACCAGUCUUAAAUUCGUCCUCUGACAAUGAGGAUAAAAGAGGCGAAAAUAACACAGGGGCGAAUAUUUCCCUGUACACAGUAUAUCAUUUAUAAAAUAAGGUUAAGUAAAGUACAUUGUACAUAAUAAUUUUUUAUAUUCAUUAUUGGUUAGAUUAAUACAUGUAGAUUAUAUUAAACUUUGGCGAUUUUACAUCUUGAACACUGUCAAUCAUAAGGGUUAUAUCUGAAAAAUUAUUCUUUCAUUAUAUGUGUAAAUUUGUUUUGCUGUAAAAAAAAAUAUUCUCUUUGCUUAUGUUUUUACAGAAAGACCAAACCAGCGAACAAGAGGAUGAUUACGAUGACAUAGUAGAAUCGGGCAUUUCUCGGAGAUACUGAUUUGAUUUAAUAAUUAACAAUCAUGUACCGGUACACCAUUUGAUGAUUUUAAUUUAACUUUAAUUGAAUAAAAUAUAGAAAGUAGACUUAAUUUGAAUACCAGGUAAUUAAUUAAUUCGAAGAGACCCUGUAAAAUAAAACAAAAAAUCUUUAUAUUGAUGUGUAAUUUGAUUGUGUUGAAUCCAAAUUUAACACUUUUCAUUUUAUUUUGGUAUAUUUGCUUACAUGUAAUUUAGCCUAAUGAGUCUUGGAAUGAGAUUUGCCCAUUCAUAAGCAUUUACAACAGGGUUUUUUUUUCAUUUUUUUUCAUAUUCAUUUUUAUUCUGCAUUUUAUUUCAAAGUAUUUUAAUUUUCCUUCAAUUAAUUUAUGCCAGUUUUAAAUCUGGCUAUAUGUUGUGAAUGAACUAUGACAUCUUGCUUUCAUGGCUUGCCGAAGCAGAGAAAAAGCUUCAGUUGUUAAGUCAGUGUUUAAAGGUAUAUUUUUCUACAAAAAAAAUUGGUGUCUUCCACUGUUUCUUCCAGUUUUGGGGGAAAUUUACCAUUGUUGAAUAUAUUUUUACCAUCUGUAAGUAUGUGUAUCAUGCAAAAAUAAAAUACACACAAAAACAAA